AUGUCUCGCAGUUUCGCUGCCGACGACGACCUGCCGUCGCUGGAGACACCUCGUCUUGCCUCGGAGAGCAGCCUGUCCAUCGCGGCCCUGGCGCGCUUUGAGUUCGAAGCCGGAAAAGGCAACGAGGGCACUAAGAUCUUGAUGGUCGAAUGGGAAGAUGACGAUAUCUCGUCCUCACAGUCAGGCUCGUGGCAUGUUUCAUGGCAUGAGAAGACGACCGUCCUGCCCGCCGACGAACAGACAAGCGAUAGUACGCGCCGCUUCUAUUUCUUGCUGCCUCCCGGAACGACUGUCCCGCCUGUGAUCUCGUUGACCUACACGCAACAUCCCAACUCGGCGGCCACUGUCAAGCAACCGCAGUCUAUCCAAAUCAACCCUUUGCCCGCCAUCUUUCCGCCGGAACUUGGCGCCACUGCGCGAACCGCAGGAAAGAAGGGAGUCUUGCAUACCAUUUGGGCGAAGAAGCGACUUCAGGCUUUGGAGAGGGAAAUCAAGGAUGAAUCUCUUGAAAAUGUCGAAGGUGUCGCCUUGCAGAUGGCCAUCCAGGAGAAGGAAUGGAUUGAAACCAACUACGGCGUUUCGGUUUCCACCCCAGCGCAAAGCAUUUCUUCCCCUUCCCAGGCCACUCCUUCGUCUUCUUUUCAGGUGUCCACACCUGUUUCGCCAACUGGUGGUCGCAGCUUAGGGGAUAAGUUGAAGGGGUUGAAAUUGGAGACUAGUGAGAAAGAUCUGACAAAGAGAGCAGAAGGGAGCAACAUUCACCGUGACGGCGACGAACGAAACCAUCUCCUAUCUCCGGAGACUUCUGAUGUCGCCAUCUCUUCAUUUAACUCUUUCCGUCAUGCGCCGCAAUCAUCCGGAAUAGAGACGAAACGGAUUGUAUCACAUCAACCCCCGCCAGUACUCCAAAAAGCACAGAACAGUGCCGCGGAUUUUGGUUUCAUGGAUACCCUAACGCGCACUGAGAGUACAGACUCAACUGAUGGGCUAUUUGCAAAGGCACUUAGUCCUCGCACCCCGGACAUACCUCUUAGUCCAUUUUCCUUCUCAAAAUCGGAUACAAGGGUCUACGUUCCGGAGACCUCAAACUAG